AACAUAAUUAGAGAUUAUUUUUAAAAUGGCGACCACCAGACACGUGAAACUCAACUCUGGUUGGAAAAAAUUGGAUUUAACCCCAGAUUUGUUGUCUGACAAGGAGUUUGAAUCAUUGAUCAGCUGCAAAGUAAUAACAGAUUACGAAAUAGUGGAUUCAAAGGACUCGAAAAAGAGAAAGUUGUCAGUAAAUAAAUUAGAUUUUAUCAAAACUUCUGGACCAGACACCAAACGUGACAAAGCAAAGAAACGGGAAAAAUCUAAAGACAAGAAGAAAGUUAAGAAAUCAGCAAACUCAAACAGUGCAAUUGAUAUUUCCUCUAUAUUGUUGGAAGACAGUGAUAAUCCUAAAAGUGCAAAAGAAAAAAAUAAAUCGAAAUUGAAGAAAGAUGCUGUCAAACAGAAAUCACUUGAAAAGAAUGGUCCUUGGACUGUAACUUCUGUGAAAUCAGUUAAAGACCAAAAUGGUGAUUCUAAUUUAUCAAAGAAACUGAAAAAGGCAAACAAACACAGUUUAGUGGGAAACAUAUCAAAUAAACCAAACCCUAACAAAAGUGAAAAGAAGACUGCCAGGAAAAGGAAGGAAAAAUUUGUCGAUAGUUAUUCAAGUGAAAGAAAAAGGAUGAAGGUAAUGGAAGAAUCGGAGGAGGAAACAAAAUCUCCAGAUGAUGGCAAGAUUAAUGAGAAAAUGGCUGCAUGGAAAGAUUUAUUUGUGCCAAAGGAAGUUCUUCAAGCUCUCUGUAAAAGCAAAUUUUUUGCUCCCACUCCAAUCCAAGCUAUGGCUCUGCCCAGUGCCAUUAGAGACAGAAAGGAUGUCGUAGGAGCAGCAGAAACUGGAAGUGGAAAAACUCUAGCUUUUGGAAUCCCAGUAAUCCACAACAUUCUUUUACGCAAAGAAAAGCAAGCUAAACAUAGCAUAUCAUCAGAUGAUGAGGAAGAGUGUGAAGAAAUGAAGGACAGAGAAAAGGAAACAGGAGAGGAGGAGGAAGAUACUGAAGAAAAAGGAAAGGAGGAUGAAGAAGAAAUAGACAUGUUAAAUGAUGAUGAUGAUGAUGAUGAUGAUGAUGAUGAUGAUGAUGAUGAUGAUGAUGAUGAUGAAAACAUGUUUAGUGAUGAUCCUGAUUUUGAAGGGGAAGAAAACCAUAACUUGGGGAAGGUGGGGGAUUUAGGCUGUGUGAAGGUGAUAGAUGAUGCUGACUUCUCUGAACUUGGCUUACCUGAUGCAGGACCACUCCUUAAAAAAUCCAAUAAGUUUCCAUUGGCUCUGAUUCUCCAGCCAACCAGAGAGCUGGCUGUUCAGGUCAAAGAUCAUCUACAGGUGGCAGCAGCAUACACAGAUAUCACGAUCGCUCCAAUCCUUGGUGGAAUGUCUGCAGAAAAACAGAAGCGGAUUUUGAAAAAGUGUCCAGAUAUUUUGGUCGCCACACCCGGCCGAUUAUGGGAACUGAUGUCACAGGAUCCCUAUUUGUCUCGCAUUGAUGAAGUAGACACUUUAGUUAUAGAUGAGGCUGACAGAAUGAUAGAGAAAGGUCACUUUGAAGAACUCACUCAGAUUUUAAACUACAUUAACAGGAAUGAGAAGAAGAAAAACACACGACAGACAUUUGUAUUUUCUGCUACCUUGACCUUGGUACAUAGUGGUCCUCAACGUUCAUCUCGCAAGAAGGUGACACUAACUGAGGAGAAGAAGCUAGAAACCCUGAUGAGUAGAAUUCAGAUGAGGGAGAAGCCGAAAGUGAUUGACCUCACCAGAAAGAUAGGGACUGUGGAGACUCUGACAGAGGCAAGGAUCAACUGUACGCUGGAGGAGAAGGAUCUAUAUCUCUACUACUUCCUGGUCCAGUAUCCAGGGCGCACCUUGGUGUUUGCCAACAGUAAGGAUUGUAUCCGUCGGCUUAUAUCCAUAUUUACACUCCUUAAGACAAACCCUCUCCCCCUACAUGCCGAUAUGCAUCAGAAACAGAGACUGAAAAACUUGGAAAAAUUCACUGCCAAUGACAAUGCAGUGUUACUGGCAUCUGAUGUGGCAGCUAGAGGACUAGACAUUCCCAAUGUGGAGCAUGUCAUUCACUACCAGGUCCCACAGACUGUGGAGAAUUACGUCCACAGAAGUGGCAGAACUGCUCGUGCCAUGAAGGAAGGAUUAAGCGUCAUGCUGAUCUCUCCAGAUGAUGUCAAAAACUAUCGAAAAAUUGUCCACACCCUCAACAGAGAUGAAGAUCUGCCUAUUUUCCCAGUUGAACAUCAACUUUUGUCAGUUCUUAAGAAAAGAUUGAAUUUGGCAAAAAGAAUUGAUACAGAAGAACAUCGGUUUAACAAGAAGAAGAGACAGAAUGAAUGGUUUGAGAAGGCAGCUAGAGAGAUGGAUAUGCUAAUGGAUGAUGAGGAACUUCUAUCUGACCUAGGCGAUUCUUUUGAGCGGUCUGGGAGGAAACAGGAACUACGACAACUGAGAACGGAACUAGAUCAGAUGCUGAAACAGAGGCUCGCGCCUCACACCUUCUCUGGGAAAUACCUGACCCAGUCCGGGAAACUGGAGCUACCAGCUAAUGAAGAAAAGAAAGAUGCGAUAAAGACUCUCAAAAAAGACAAAAAGUUACAUGGUGAUCUGGAAUCCAAUCAACAAAGCAAGAAAAAACUGAAUGUAAAAAAAAAAUCAAAAUGGAAAAAGAGAAAGUAAAAAUAAAAUGUUUUUAUUGAAAUUAACAAUUGUUUUGUUG